AUGUUUGCUCCUUCCGGGCCCCGCAAUCAGAUGGAGGUUGGAGACACACACAAAAACUUUUGGGCAAACAAGAAAGCAGCCAUCACGAUGAAUACCUCUACCAAGAAGAAGAGCAGCAUGAUGUCCAAGCUCUUGGGAUCGUUGACGGGAGGCCGACGAGAGAAAUCCGUACAGUCUUCUUCUGCGACCAGCAGCCAACCUUUGGAUGCACCGUCCAACCACAGUGCCACACCUCGAAACCGAGCCAGACGCGGAACCAACCAGGUUUUCAUGUCCGUCUCCGCGGCAGGUCCAGCCCAUAUGAACUUGUUUGGCAGUGUCAGCAACUCCAGCUCUUCAUGGUAUGCCGAAUCCAUGGAUGCCUCUGGAGUUGGCCGCACCGGAGCAGGAAGCAGGCGCUAA